AUGGCCCAGCUGCUUGUGCGUUCUGGCCACAAACCAGUCUGCACUGCUAAAUGGAACAGCCCACCCAAUCAGAAGGAGAGCAUCCGGAUCGAGGAGUUGGUGGAGAAGAUUGCAAAUCUGAAGGAUCAAGGACUGACUGCAGCUGGAAUAGCUUGGAGUUUCAUUAAACGUCGGAUCCAGCCACUUCAAGAGCGAUCAGUACCCGGCUACUUGUACAAGGGCCCAGAGGAUCCAUCAAGGCUGAAGGAGGAUCUCACCCAUGAUGAGAUCUUGGAAAGGGUCGGGAAAUUCUUGACAGGUGUCCAUUCCGAGCCCAAGACUCCUCCCGAGUACUCUGCGACCAACUCUCCUCCGUCAGAACAUAUUGCUUUAUAUCACUCCCCACCCCCCUUGCCAGAGCAUUUGACCGCUGAUCAGAUGACAGAAGCUGAGAUAUCUGGCAGCAAAGAACUUAUAAGCCAACGAGCAAAGGCUGCCGCUCAAUCAAGCUCAGGGUCGAAGAGACCAGUGGAGGAGGGGAGGCUGCAGGUGCAAGUGCCUAAGAAGAGUCGAACUGUGGCAAAGGUCAGAAUGUGUCACGCCAGUGAAGAUAAGAUGCCUGGAUGUCUUCCCAUGACGUUGGUUACUACUUCCUCAGGUACAGGUCAUCAGUUAGGUACAGCUCGUCAGUUAUUUCCUCAAGCUUCAAGCCCCAUUUCAGGUUUAUCAACCACAGAUCCAUUGCUGUUAGAGGGGGGGAUGCAAAUCGAAGACCCCCGUGACGAAACAGAACAUUCAAGGAUCGUUCCAAAGGCAUCAAACACAGAUCCAUUGCUGUCAGCGGGGAUGCAAAUCAAACCCCCCCUUCAGGACUUGCAAGGACCAUCUCCAGAUGUUAUUCCUCUCGGCUCGCUGUGUUUUGAGUUCAAGCAAUAUAAGAAAAAACCUGUUUCAAUAGCAGCAGCACCUCCAAUGAUGACUGCUGCAGUGCUACCCUCCUCAGCUGAAGCCUCACAGCAUCUGACUAUUUCUGUAGUCCAUGAGCUGGGUACUCGCCCAUCUGACAAUGUAUCAGCCAGUGAAGAUAAGAUGCCUGAAGGUCUUCCCACUCUAGUUGCUAAAUCUGAGGGUGAAGUGCUGAAUCAGAUACUAAACUCGGCACUGCUGAAACAGACCAACCAACUACUCACCCGCGCAGAGUCUGCAGAAGCAAAGUUGGCUGAAAAACAAGAGCGCUCGGCCAAGCUCAGAACAUGUCAUCUUGCUGUUCUUGCUGUCCUCGAGAAACAGAUCAAUUCUCUCAAGGAGGAGAAUACAAAAAUUUCGACUUCUCUGAAAGAGCAUGCUCAAACUGAAACCAUACUCAAGGAACAGCUGACCAACCAGAUGGAUUGCUGCAAACACGCUAUCAAUCAGCUGCGCGAGGCUCAGAACACGCGCAAGGAGACAUAUUCUCAGUUUUUAACUAGUAUACAGGAGAUCCAAACGCUGAAUAGAUCCCUGGCCGAAGCUGAAGAAGAUAAAGAAAAAAUCAAGGAGGCUGCCACCCCAAUUCUCAAAUUAGUCUCCAGAUUGUCUGAGAAUCAAGCUUCGACUCCGUUCCUGGAUCAACUGAGAGAAGUACCUGGAUUGAUCCGAGUAUACUGUAAGAAAGCAGCUAGAGUCUGUACUUCAAGAGUACUCGGAACAGUGAGAGCAUACUACCCUGGUCUUGAUCUGACUCGAGUUGGUGAGGGCAAGCCAAAGGACUGCUCAGCUGAAGACUUUGCCAGUCAUAUUGUUGCAAUGGAACCAGUAGCAGAUAGUCUGAUCGAAUCAUUCACCUUGUGA